CUUGGUUUCUUAAUCAGCUCUGAAGUGGUAAAUUGUUAGGAAAAUAGAAUACUAAGUAAAAAAUGCGUGAGGAAACAACUUGCAGAAAGGUCCACGAUUUACCGGAGACUCGUCGAUGUCAUUUUGUGCUAAACACGCCAGAUUGUGUGACUAAUAUGAACUUUAUCAACUAUCUGGGCUGGCAUUUCUGCAAAGUGGACGUUGGAAACGGUUUUAAUACCUUCUGGAGUGUGGUGGGAAUGCUUCUGAUGGCCAUAUAUGUGUUCUGGAUGAUGCAGAUGACCAUUAACAAAUAUUUCUGUCCCAUUCUGAAGGUGAUAGCGGACUCACUGCGGAUGAACGAGAGCACGGCUGGGGUUACGGUUCUGGCCAUUGCAAAUGGAUCACCGGAUUUAUUCACGGCAAUCGCUUCGAGAAUGCAGAGCUCCAAAUAUACCUUCCUCGUAUGCAUGUCGCAGGCCAUGUUCCUGCACAUCUUCGUCGCCGGAGUGGUGAUCCUGACCAAGCCCUUCAAUAUGGAGCCAAACUAUUAUAUCCGUGACUUUGGUUUCCUGUUCCUCAAUGUCGCAUACAUGGACUAUAUCCAUAAGCGACCCAACGGCAUCAACUGGGUUUUGGCUUUACCCAGUUCAUUUAUUUUUGUGGGCUACGUUUUGGUGGCCAUCAUUGAUCAACAUUUGCUGAUGGCCCGCAUUCGAAAGCUGGAAAAAAGAGAAAUGGAUGUUGCUGAGGCGUUGCAAUUGGAGGAACUGAAACCGCAGACCCAGUUACCCUUGAAGCGUCAAAUAAUAGAUCGGUCAGAUGUUAAGGGUGGUCGUAAUAAGCAUCUUUUCCGACAAUUUUGGAACACCGUAGGCGAGUUCGAUACGGAACGCUUUCGACGGGGAACCGUCCUGGUGAAGGUUUAUCUAAUUCUCAAGCAACCCAUCGAUAUGAUAUUGCGAUUUCUCAUCCCAGUGGUUGAUAUGGAGAAACCUCUUUACGGAUGGUCGAAGCUGCUCUUCAACCUGCAAGUGAUUCUUGUCCCCACCUAUAUAGCCUACAUAAUUAUUCGGGGAUACACCGUUGCGGGCAUUGCCUCCUAUAUUCUCAUCCUCAUUAUUAUGAUACCCAUUGCUAUCUUGAUAUUUUUUCUCACGCGCACCGACACCCCACCCAAAUUUUUCAGAUUUACAUCUAGUAUGGGAUUCUUGGCCACUAUCUUUCUGAUCUUCUGCCUGACCUCCGAGGUAAAUGCCAUGUUUUUUACGGUGGCAACCAUAAUGCAAGUGAGCCAGGAUUUUUUACUGGCAACGGCUGUAUGCUGGGCCAUAAGUAGCAACGAUUUGGUGACCAAUCUCUCGCUGGCCCUUCAGGGAUGGCCUCGUAUGGCAUUGACGGCCACCUUCUCAGCACCAGUUUUUGGAUCCUUUGUGUUUCUGGCCCUGCCAUUGGUUGUGCAGUCAUUCAUGAAUGCGCCCAGUAAUAUUAACCCUACGGAAGGGGGCUUUGGGGAGACGGUGUGCAUCUUCUUAGAGGUUGGAAUGGGCUUCUCAAUGCUCUCCGCCCUCACCACAAACUUUAAGCUGCGUCGAGCUUGUGGUUUUCUACUGGUUUCGUACUAUUUCUUCUUUUUGGGUGUUCUUAUACUUCUGGAGAAGGGCGUGAUCCACGCCUAUGGAGUCUGACCUGAGAGGAAUCUGUAAUGAAACUUUAUAAACCCAUUAAAUAUGCAAAUUCCCGAGAUG